GGAACCGGGGCUGUACCGCAGCGGCAGCGACUCUGGAGCUGUGGAGAGCGGGGGAGGGAAGCGGCAGCGGCGGUGGCGGAAGCUCGGAGGCUCCGGCAGCCAGGGGUCUCUGAUCGCGGCGACCGGCCCGAGGCUGAAAGGGCGGCGGGUGGAGGCGCCCCGAGCGGUUGGCUCAGCAUGUCAGUCAGUGUCCACGAGACCCGCAAGUCGCGGAGCAGCACAGGGUCCAUGAACAUCACGCUCUUCCACAAGGCGUCGCACCCCGACUGCGUGCUCGCCCACCUCAACACACUGCGCAAGCACCGCAUGUUCACCGACGUCACGCUCUGGGCCGGGGACCGCGCCUUCCCCUGCCACCGCGCCGUGCUGGCCGCCUCCAGCCGCUACUUCGAGGCCAUGUUCAGCCACGGCCUGCGUGAGAGCCGGGACGACACGGUCAACUUCCAGGACAACCUGCACCCCGAGGUGCUGGAGCUGCUGCUGGACUUUGCCUACUCGUCCCGCAUCGCCAUCAACGAGGAGAACGCCGAGUCCCUGCUGGAGGCCGGCGACAUGCUGCAGUUCCACGACGUGCGGGACGCCGCCGCCGAGUUCCUGGAGAAGAACCUCUUCCCCUCCAACUGCCUGGGCAUGAUGCUGCUGUCGGACGCCCACCAGUGCCGCCGGCUCUACGAGUUCUCCUGGCGCAUGUGUCUGGUGCACUUCGAGGCAGUGCGGCAGAGCGAGGACUUCAACAGCCUGUCCAAGGACAUGCUGCUGGACCUCAUCUCCAGCGACGAGCUGGAGACGGAGGACGAGCGGGUGGUCUUCGAGGCCAUUCUCCAGUGGGUGAAGCACGACCUCGAGGGCCGGAAGGCCCACCUGCCUGAGCUCCUCCGGAGCGUGCGCCUGGCCCUGCUGCCGUCCGACUGCCUGAAGGAGGCCGUGUCCAGCGAGGCCCUGCUCACGGCGGACGAGCGCACCAAGCUCAUCAUAGACGAGGCGCUCCACUGCAAGACCAAGAUCCUGCAGAACGACGGGGUGGUCACCAGCCCCUGCGCCCGGCCGCGCAAAGCAGGCCACACGCUCCUCAUCCUGGGCGGCCAGACCUUCAUGUGUGACAAGAUCUACCAGGUGGACCACAAGGCCAAGGAGAUCAUCCCGAAGGCAGACCUGCCCAGCCCCCGGAAGGAGUUCAGUGCUUCCGCAAUCGGCUGCAAGGUCUACGUGACUGGGGGCAGAGGCUCCGAAAACGGGGUCUCCAAGGACGUGUGGGUAUAUGACACUGUCCAUGAGGAGUGGUCCAAGGCAGCCCCCAUGCUGAUUGCCCGCUUCGGCCACGGCUCAGCUGAGCUGGAGAACUGUCUGUACGUGGUGGGGGGACACACGUCCCUGGCAGGCGUCUUCCCGGCCUCCCCCUCUGUCUCCCUGAAGCAAGUGGAAAAGUACGACCCCGGUACUAACAAGUGGACAAUGGUAGCUCCGUUGAGAGAUGGCGUCAGCAACGCGGCCGUGGUGAGCGCCAAGCUGAAGCUGUUUGUUUUUGGGGGGACCAGCAUCCACCGGGACAUGGUGUCCAAGGUCCAGUGCUAUGACCCCCUGGAGAACCGGUGGACCAUCAAGGCCGAGUGCCCCCAGCCUUGGCGGUACACGGGCGCUGCCGUGCUGGGCAGCCAGAUCUUUAUCAUGGGAGGUGACACGGAAUUCACGGCCGCCUCCGCUUACCGCUUCGACUGCGAGACCAACCAAUGGACUCGGAUUGGGGACAUGACCGCCAAGCGCAUGUCCUGCCACGCCCUGGCCUCAGGCAACAAGCUGUAUGUGGUGGGGGGCUACUUUGGGACCCAGCGGUGCAAGACCCUGGACUGCUAUGACCCCACUGCGGACACCUGGAGCUGCGUCACCACCGUGCCCUACUCGCUCAUCCCCACGGCCUUUGUCAGCACCUGGAAGCACCUGCCUGCGUGAGGAACCCCCGCAGAGCCAGGCUCUGCAUGUUUCUCCUUGUCCCCAGCUGCAGCCCUCACUGUCACACAGCAGCCCUGUCCCUGCCAGCGCCAGGCCAGCCCUCCAAGAGGCCGGCAGCGUUGGUCUUGGGAGAUGUCCUGAGCUUAGACAAGAGAAGUCAUCUCCAGUGGUGUGUCUGCCUGAGGCUUUUUCCACUGUGCAGUGGUUUGGGGGAGGGGACCUUCCACAGGGCACGCAGUGAUGCCAGGACUCCCUCAGCCUCCAGGAGGAGGACACAUGUGCAGAGCUCGGAGGUCGCAGGUUUCAGUGGGGCCUGGGGGGCCAGACCAGGAAAAGCCUGGCGGGGGCAGCACUGACGGCACAGCUUUGUUCAACUCAGGGCUUCCCUGUGGGCGUUAUGUCACCCGCGAGGACGUCCCAGGCCUCAGGGAAACAGGGUCCAGCAGGACUGAGAGCGGACGUUACCAAGGCCACACUUUAUAAGGGUCAGGACCCGUAGGGUAAUCUCAGUGGCUGCCUUGCCAGCAGAUGACACCCAGACCGUAGGGUUAUAGAGGAAAUCUGUGGGCUCAUCCGUGGAGGUGGGUGACUUUACCACCUCCUACCAGGCCAGCCGUGCCCCAGGUGCAGACACGGAUGUCCUGCCAGUCACACAGCAGGACCCAGGGCCUUGAGAGCCACAUGCUGCUAGACAAGGGUCACCUCCCCUGCACAAGCAGCAGCAAUGACCCCAUGUCCUGAUGGGACCACGCUGGUCUGCAGAGUGUGGCCCUCCCCUUCAAGACAAGCAGCCAGUAGGAGCUGCAGACCCAGAGGGACUCCAAGGUGCCCAGUGCUGGACGCAUCGCGGGGUAGAGGCCAGCAACCAGGUCACGCUCCUGACCCCAACCAGCACCCACUGGUCUCUGGCAUCCUGGCCUUCCCGCUGGUAACUGGAUUUGGCCCCUCUGCCCUGAGCUUACAAAGUGAUCAUGGUCCCAAGAGAACUGCCAGACAUUUGGUUUUUGUUUUUUUUUUUUAACCAUCUAAGUCGUUGGGACCCGCUCAUCAGUCUCUCCCUAGCAUCCGGGGUUCUGGAGAGAUCAGCUCCUCCCAGCAGGCACCCUGACAUCCAAGGUCAGUUUCCAGCUCAUCGCUCGCUCACCCCAGUGUGCCAUUCACUGGAGGUGGGGGGGACCCUUGGGCCUCAGCCAAGACCUGUGGCUCCUGCCUGCCCUCCGUGCAGUGCCACCUGGCUGGUUCCGGGCCAGGCUCCAAAGUGAGGCCACGUCACAAGCCAGCU